UAUCAAAGGGCAAUUCUAGAAUUGACUCCUGAUUUAGUUCUGUUCUGUUUAGUUCCAUUCCACAGGCCGGCAAGGGACCUGUGUUCCGCUUCCAGGGGUCUACACGGAGAACUGAAGGGCUGAAGAGAAAGAGACGAUUUAUUGUCCAGCACAGUGGAAUAUACUGGACACAGUGGCUCCUGAGACCAACAACAGCCCUGUCAUCUCAGCCUCUUCUUCCCUUCUUCCUCCUGCUGUGUGUCUGUCUUGAUCGUGAAGUCUUUUCCCCUCCUCUUUUCUAUCUACCAUCUCUUCUUCAGUCUGGGUCUACUCUCCACUGUCUCGGUCUCUGUCAUACCCUACCUGCAGUAUCACUGAGCUACCUGGUGACGGAGUAAAGACAGUAUGUGUUGCACUGGGAAGUGUUCUCGCCUGGUGGGCCUGAUCCUGUUGCCCUCGGCGUUCGCCUGCAUCAUCUCCAACAUCCUCCUGUUCUUCCCCGACGGAAAGCAGCAGGACAGCAGUCAUGUCUCCCUGCAGGUCUGGCUCAUGGGCGGCCUCAUCGGAGGGGGAAUAUUUAUGCUGUGCCCCAGCUGUUCGGCUAUCAGGGCCGGGGGCAAGGGUUGCUGUGGAAAUGGUUGCUGCGGAAACCGUUGCAGAAUGCUGAACUCUGUCUUCUCGGCUGCUUUUGGUUUGGUCGGAGCUAUCUACUGCACUAGUGUCUCUUCUGCGGGACUGGCCAUUGGACCUAAAUGUCAGAUUGAUAGUGGAGAAUGGAAAUAUCCCUUUGAGGACCUACCAGGUGGGAACAGCAGUUACCUGUUUGACCACUCUCUGUGGGACCUGUGUGUGAUCCCUGCCAAUGCGGCCCUGUGGCACCUGGUCCUCUUCUCCAUCACGCUGGGCCUGGGGGGCCUGCAACUCAUCCUCUGUGGCAUCCAGGUGGUCAACGGCUGCAUCGGCUGCUUCUGUGGGGACUGCCGUGAUGACAAGGAGGAUGAUGGUGGAUUGUGAGAUGGAGAGAGAGAAGAAGUAGAGAAGACUGCCCUGCAAUGCCACAGCCUAUUUUAAUGACGACUAGUGCUGAGCGAUUAGUGCUUUUUCAGGUCGGUUUAGUUUCGGUUCGAUUAUAAAAAAAUUAUCACGGUUUUUGAUUUUGCGUUCGAUUAUAUAAUACACUAUACGUUAUGUGUGUUGAAGGCUGUAACAACACAGAAUAAAACAUUUAAUACAAGUCCCAUGGUGGUAGUGACGGUCCUUUACUGCGUAUUACUUAUUAACCAUCAUUUAUUCACAUUACUUUACUUUAUGACUUCAUUAUUUCAUUCCAAGUCAGUUCAGUUCAGGCUUGAUCUGAUUUAAUCUCUACAGAAACUGCACAUUGAGCUCACAGAAAAGAACCGAACUAAAUGGAAUUCAAAUCAUGUAACCGACGUCUUUCAAUAAGUUGUUUUAAAAAAACAAAAAAUAACCAACAUUUCGGUUAAUCGCUCAGUACUACUGAUGACAUGCUUGCUGUUUGGGGUUUUAGGCUGGGUUUCUGUACAGCACUUUGAGAUAUCAGCUGAUGUACGAAGGGCUAUAUAAAUAAAUUUGAUUUGAUGACAUACCAGCACCAGGACUGCCAAUCACUUACUACACAACUUUUUUUUAAAGUGCCUAUCUGCCAGGAGCUUUCCCUUUUGUGUUUGAAGCAUAUUGUCUACUUUUAAUAUGUUAAAAUCAUGCCAGUGUGCCAUAUCAAUCAUAGUCAUUGUAGUUCUUUAAUCUCAAAACUGCCAUGUUAUAGUUGUAACCCUUGCUUCUGUUUCAUGUGUUGCCCAUGGAAACAUCAUACAGUACGUGAUCUGAGGAUUCCUCAGGAGUUUCUCAAGUUAUUUUCCAUUCUUUAUUUAAUUUAUUUUAAGCAACCAUUUCUUUAACAUGAUCUUUUGUAUAUUUUUUUGUAUAAUCACAUACCUCAAAACAAUACAAAUAAGCAAUAAAACUUUUGGGAAAUUA